AUGCUAAAAGGCUGGGGCAUUGCCAUCUUCUGUGGUCUGCUGACACCAGCCCUGAGCCAGCCUACACCAGCCCUAAGCCAGCCUGUGCCAGACGCUGUCCUCAGGGUUGGUAAAGGUGUGAUAGGCAACGCUGUCACAGGCUCGCUGAUACAAGGCAAUGCCCUCCAAGGUGCAAUCAGGGACAUGCCACUCGACAGUGGAGGUCCAGAUGCAGAUGGAAGCCUGCUAGGAGGUCUCCUUGGUGGUGGCGGCGGUGGUGGCCUGCUUGGGGGCUUACUUGGUGGAGGUGGCGGUGGAGAAGGGCUACUUAGUGGGAUUACUGGUGGCUUGCUUGGUGGAGGGGGUGGUGGUGAUGGUGGCCUGCUUGGUGGAGGUGGUGGCCUGCUUGGUGGAGGUGGUGGUGGUGGCGGAGGUCUCCUUGGCGGUGGAGGUCUGCUGGGUGAUGGAGGUCUACUUGGUAUCCUCGGGGAAGGAGGUUUGCUCAGCACCGUCCAGGGGCUCACAGGGUUGAGAAUUGUGGAACUAACACUCCCCAAAGUAUCUGUGAGACUCCUACCAGGGAUUGGAGUCCGCCUGGACUUGUAUACUAGAGUAGCAAUCAAUGGUAAGAGCCUCCUAGGUUUGCUUGACAUUGCAGUGGAAGUGAACAUCACGUCAAAAGUCAGAUUGACCAUGGAUGGCACUGGCUACCCAAGGCUGGUGAUUGAGAGCUGCGAUACUCUUCUCAAUGGUAUUAAAAUCAGACUCCUUAGAGGCCUGCUCCCAAUUGUGGAUAAUUUAUUGGCACGGGUCCUUAACAGACUGCUUCCCGAAUUGCUGUGCCCAGUGGUCGAUGUUGUCCUUGGCCUUGUCAAUGAUGAACUGGGCCUCGUGAACUCCCUGGUGCCCCUGGGCGUACUGGGAAGCAUCCAGUACACUGUUUCCAGCCUUCCGCUAGUAACUGGCCAGUUUCUGGAAGUUGAUUUAAAUACUGUAGUUGGGCGGGUAGCAGGAGGCCUCGUUGACUACCCCCUGGGCAAACCGGAAGCUGUCCCCAUGCCACCAAUGCCAGACACCGCCUCCUCCCAGCUUGGACUCUCGGUAAACUUCCUUGGCUCUGUAAUCUCUCUCCUGCAGAAGCAAGGGGCGCUUGAUAUAGACAUCACUGAUGGAAUGUUUCCUGAGCUUCCUCCACUAACAACAUCAACCCUUGGAGCCCUGGUUCCCACGGUUUACCAGAAGUUCCCUAAGCCCCAGCCACUGGUGCUGAAAGUUGCAGUGCCUGAAACUCCCAGGGUGACCUUGAAAAAAGAUCAAGGCUGGAUACAACUCACUGCUACCACGGAAGUGUUGGUUUCCCAGCCCAAUGAUGCCCACCAGUCCCUGUGUGUUCUAAAUAUUGAUGCUGCUUUGUUGGCCCACUUUUCUGUUGAAAAUAACAAACUGAAGAUCAGUGUCAGUCUUGACAAGACUCAUCUCUCCUUGGCUUCCUCCUCCAUUGGCAAAUUUGAUGUCUCGCUUUGGGAGUCGCUGGUUGGCAAGAUUUUUGAUGUUGCCUUCCUGCCAGCAGUGAACAGUGUGUUAGGAGGAGGCAUUCCUCUCCCUAGACUGAUGAACAUCGACUUCAGUAAUGCUGAUAUUAAUGUCAUUGAAGAUCUUCUUGUGUUAUCAGCAUGAGUCAGUGAAGCCAGAUUGGAAGAGUCCCUUGCAUUAUACCUCUCUCACCUGAAAAACAGACAGGCUCUGGCUUGACUGCAGAGGCCUGAACAAUGUUUCUCUUCAUACCUGGAAUAUUGAAACAAGACCUUGGGCCUUUCCAAAAACCCGAGACGACCAGUUGCUACUUUAAUUAAAGCCUAGACUUAGUGGAAUCAACAUGUACCUGGUUUGCUUCAGAUUAUAAUUAACUUUGAUAUUAAUAUAAUUA